UCUCCCUUUUAUAACCUCAAAAAUGCGCGAGAUGCAUCAAACUCCAAUGGUGAAGUGAGCUUUUUCUAAUCAUUAAUUAGUGCUAAAGUGAACGGAUUACCACAAUGCCAUCGAAAAAGAGAAAAUACAACGCCCGGUUUCCCGCCGGGAGAAUUAAGAAGAUAAUGCAGACGGACGAGGAGGUCGGGAAAGUGGCCCAGGCCGUGCCAAUCAUAAUUUCUCGGACACUGGAGCUCUUCGUGGAGUCACUCCUCAGCAAAGCCCUGCAAGUCACGACAGCAAGAAACGCGAAGACCCUCAGCCCUUCACACGUCAAGCAAUGUAUUCUGGCUGAAUCUCGGUUCGACUUCCUAAAAGACUUGGUCGCAAACAUACCAGAUGUGUCGGCGGCGGAAGAGAAAGAAAUGAUGAGCGCCGAGGAUUCCCCAAAUUCAUCCAGAUUUUCAGACUCAGCUCCUCGCCGAUUAGCCAGAGAGGACUCAAACAGUUCUAGCAGCGGUGAAACCCGGCCGCGGACCCAAAGAGAAAUGCCUCGGAGCAUCUCCCUAGACCCCGACAUACACAGGCACAGGCCCGAACCAACCUCCACCAUAGUCUCGACCGACACAGUCAUGGACCUAUCCAAAAAAUCCACAGAACCAAAAGUCCGCGCCAACUUCUACCAAGAAACUCUACCUGACGAGGUUCAACAGACCAGUGUCAUAACCCCCAAUCCGACCUACGCGCAACCGUCCACCUCUAACUUCACCCCAAAAGUCGACGUGCCAAAGCCAACGAAGUUUUACGUAGAUAUACCCACACAAAACAAUAACACACCUAUAACACCAAUUUUAAACAUAGACUUUUCUAAAAGCUUAGCUGCACCCGAAAUAAAAGUUUUAAGUCCUUUAGACAAACCGAGAAUACAAAGACAGAACUCUAAAAAGGAGGUGAAAGAAGUGAAGAAAUUUAAGCCCCCGCCACAUAUCGAGAUAGAUUUGACGGGCAAUCUACAAAUCGAUGAAGACUAUGAUACCUGAGUAUGUGUAAGUUUUGUUUUUGUAUUUUGUAAGUACUGUUUGUUACGCAAUGGGGUUUUUUCUAAGAUACUAUAAAAUCUGCAAUAAAGACAUAAAUGGCUAACAAUUGUGUUAAUAAAAUAAGAAAUAAAUUACAUUAUCUAUAUUCUUUGUCAACAUCAAUAUCGCUGACGUAUUAUUUUCUUUAUAUAUUCGUCACUUACGUAUAUCUUGAUAUCGUGGCUCUGGAUGUAGGGAUCUCCAAUAUUUGCUGCGAAAUAUAUUUAAAAAACCUCAUUGUGUAACAGGUAGAUAUAAUAUGUUAUGUUGUGUUGUUUACCAAGUUGUGUGGUAUGUUUUAGUCGCUACAUCGAUAUUCGUUCUGAUUUUCUCAAUCUUAUCGCCUAGCUAGUCCAUAAGAUUGAACAUUUAUAUUCUGACAUUCUUGACGAGUAAUAUAUUGAGUUUUAUACGAGUCAGUAUAAAAUUCGACUGUUUUUUUUUCGAAAGCGCGAUUUACAUAUAUACCAGCUCACAGCGUCAUCUAUCGUUACCAGAGUUUAACCUUUCCCGAUUCUAUACUAGACGUCACUGUAGUCUACUAAAAGAUGACGUCAUAUACGCGAAUUUGAAAAUGGAAACAGUUGAUUUUAGUCCUUGGUUCGCACAGAUAUCUUAGUUCUAAUUGUUUUUUUUUUCCAAAAAAAUCUAUUAAUCAGUUCACUAGUGUUUUGACCCCAGAUAUUAGCGCGAAACAAAAUAUUAGGUAAAUAAGAUAACUAUGUAAAUUUGACAUUAACUCUGACUUACACUAGUAAGUUCGAAUGAGAGACAUGUACUUUUGUCUCUUACGUACCGUACCUACAAAAUGUUAGUCGGACCUAAAAAAUGAAAUUAUAGAUAAGAUUAUUGUUUUAUUUUGCGUGGCUGCAAAGAAAAACAUGUUUUGUUAUAUGACUUCUAUCUUUUAAAUUAAGAUGAGCUAUUUUCUUUAAGGUUAUCAAAGGAUAAAAAUGUUUACUGGCAACACUUUUUUUUUUAAUAAUGACGCUACCGACAUUUGUCGAUAAAGAUUGUCCUGAAGGUUUUUAUUUUUUGAUCUCUUGAUAUUUUUGUAUAUAUGGUUUUAUGUUAUAAACCAAAGUUUCAUGUCUUACCUACAAAUACUGCCUAAAAGCUCAUUUUAAGGACGGAUGGGAUUCGCAGACAUUACAAUUUGAUUACCAAUUUCUCAUUUUAAUAUGUAAAAAAAAGCACGCGACCCAAACGUCAUUGACUUUUUUUGAUUUCGAUCCAAAGGGCAUGCUACUACAGCUAAUUAUCGACCUUCACACACGAUCGAAGUAGCAUUCAAAGGGUUGGAAGUCGCUUUAAGCAAAACUUGAAUACGUCAGACUUGAUGUCAUAUAAAAAUGAAAAAUGCUCUAUUUAGGUAUCAAAAUGUCAGCUUACUAUAAAUAUAACUAUAUUUCAUUUGCUUCAAUUGCUCAAAUUGGUGGUCGGAUUGUAAUGUCUGUAAACCCGUUCUCAUCUCAUAAUGUUCUAACUUUUAAAUCCAUAAAUCCAAUAUCCAAGUUGCUAUAGUCUGGCAUAAAGGAGUAGAAAUUAAAAAAGUGGCAACACUGUAGUGUUGUCCCUUUCAAAUCAAUGUGUGUAAGGCACUGGUCUCACCGCGAGCUAGUAAGCUAUGAGCUAUCGGUUAU